UUGGAGUAAAGCUGUUGGAACUAACCUUCUUUUAGAGCCUUGACAUGCGCCUUGAUCACGUCGUCCCCGGACAUCCUGUGCGACCACUGGCUGGGUGAAUACUGACGCUCCAGCUCCUGACAGAAGAGCAGACUCCUGUCAGCCAUCCACCGUCGCCAUUGACGGCACAGUAAUCUUCAGCAAAGCAAACAGCGACCUCUACCGUUCACAGCAACUCACGCAAUGAAGACGAUUCCAGCAGCUUGUGAGAGGCAGUGAGUCUGACCAACGGCUGGACUUUGGAUUUAUGACCCCAGCUGGAGGAGAACUGCGACCUCACUGGGAGCAAACACAACUGCAAGUAAAGCUUUUGGACAACACGUUUUCCGUAUCUGUCUCCACGCCAUGUGCUUUUUAAUUCGAAUAAUUCAAAAUACUUUGUGUUGGAUUUUAAAAAUAGCUAUAGCCCCUUUUUUGGUUUUGUUAGUCUACGUCAUUUCUAAAUUUAGCUUCCACCACAUGUUGCCAUUGCGUAUAUGUGUUGCAGUAGCCGGGGAAGAUUAUGCUAAAUACAUUUAAUAAACUAAUUAUUGUUGAACGUGUACUGUUGCCAGUUUAUGACACGUUUCGUGCAAAAGUAUGUCGCUCUAUGUUUGCACUGCCCAAGCUUCUAGCACACUGAAUUCUAACUCCGUUUUCUUCUCCUAUAAUGCUAACAAUGGCGGGUUAUAUGGAUGUAUAUAUAUAUAUAUUUUAUUUUUCCAACAUUCAUCUCCCUGUGUAAAUACGUUGAUACAAACAUGAACGUGAUUUUUUUUAAAUAAAAUGGUGACCAGAGUGGUUCUGGGGCAAUUACUACAAUAAUUAAUUUAAGAUACAUUAAAACCUUUUCGUUCUUUAAUACAGUGGAGAGUAAUAAACAUCAUUGAUUGUAUGACAUUUUAUGACUUAUUAAAAUGUGAGAAAAAUAAAAAGACGUGUUUGUCAUGUUAACAAUAGAACUGAGGACCCUCUGUCAAUUUCAACCAUUGAAGAAGGAAAUGUAAUCAAUUUCCUUCUACAAUGAAGAAAUACAAGAAAAACAAAAACGCUGGUCUGUUUGGGUCACGUGAUCUGAGAGCAGCCUCCCGUUGGUCAGUCCAACACCCACUCGAGCAGCUGCAGCUGUCCGCGCGCGAAUUUGCCAAUCCCAGGAUGGUCGCGGGAAGGAGCCGCCUUCCUCGCUUCUGAUUGGCUAUAAUGCCUCCCACCCUCACUCUAAACAAUUUCAAACUCAGUUAUCUUGCCGAAGAAUUGACAACUUAUCAUAAAAUAUGCGCCUCUGCUCAGUGACUUGCCUCUGGUGUUCAGCUCCGAGUGAGACGCCGCUUUGAGACGUUUAGCCUGCUCUGGACGUGAGGUGACGCUUCGUGGGCAAAUGAAAGGGCCAAUCAGAGGAGAGCUGUUCUAGCCAAUCAGAGGACGAGGGUGGCGCUAUCUCCCCCUACCGCCCUGGGAUUCGCCAGUUCGCUGUCCGCGCGGCACUUCGAACACGACUGAGGACAUCUUUGUUUUGCUCGAUUCGGUUUUGUUUAUUUUAUUUUUUUAGCUAUCGUCAACGCUAUAUACACUAUUUUCACAAUGGACUGCGUCGACUUUCCUCGGAUUUUCCCUAACUCACCACGGAAAUCGCGAGGACAAAUUCAGGUAAUCUUUGGACCGAUGUUUUCAGGCAAAAGCACUGAAUUGAUGAGAAGAGUACGCCGUUUCCAAAUCGCCCAGUACUACUGCCUGGUCAUCAAAUAUGCAAAAGAUACUCGCUACUCUGACCAUGGAAUGGCCACACAUGACAAAAGCACCAUGGAAGCCGUACCAGCCUGUUGUUUGGCUGAGGUGAGACAUCUGGCUCUACAGGCCUGUGUGAUUGGAAUUGAUGAAGGGCAGUUUUUUCCAGACACAGUGGAGUUCUGUGAGGAGAUGGCCAAUUUGGGGAAGACGGUCAUUGUUGCUGCAUUGGAUGGAACCUUCCAGAGAAAGCCAUUUGGAAACAUUCUGAACCUGGUUCCUCUGGCGGAGAGCGUGGUGAAGCUUCAUGCUGUCUGCAUGCAGUGUUACAAAGAAGCUGCAUACACAAAGAGGAUCGGUGCAGAGAAGGAGGUGGAAGUGAUCGGUGGGGCUGACAAGUACCAGGCAGUGUGUCGACGCUGUUACGGAGGUCUCACGGUGAACAAGGAGAACCGGUCUCCCUUCAAGAAUGAGACGCCGUCACAAAAUCUUGUCAAGAUUGUGGACUCCGGCAUUCCCAGGAAGCUUUUCUCUUCCUUACAGCUCUAAGGACUAAAAUCAGAUUGUAUGUUUUAAGUAUUUUUAUGUGGUGUUUUUAAGAUUAUGUUCGGGGCAAUGAUGUUGGAAAAUGUCACCUGUUUUUAUUUUUGCAAAUUAUUAUUAUUAAUAUUAAUCGUUAACAUUCCUGUUGUCGGUGUGUUAAUGGAAUAUAGGACAAUUGUAUUAAACUAGGAACAAUCAUUUUGCAAAGGUGUUUUUGUUUAGUUGGCAUUAACCUCAAGAAAAUGUCAUAUCCUGAAUUAUUUUUGUGUCCCAAUUUAUUAUGAAUAUAAAUG